AAUACAGACUUGUAUACGUGGCCUGCUACGUUCCGUUGUUGUUGUACCUCACUUUGGUUCAUACAGCUAUAAUCGGAUCCUUCUUAUUAUCCAGCCGUUUAGGACGUCUCAUGCAUUUAUUGUGACUGUGGAGUGAUUGUAGACAUACAUGAUGUACAACGCACAGCAGCCAUGGCAGCCGCCGCCGUCAGCAGGCACAUACGGUGGACAGAGCGGUCCCCCAAGAACAAGCGGCUUUCCGCCUCAGAGACCUCCCGGGCAAGGAGCGCCGAAUUUCAGACCUCAGCCGCAGACUGGGACUUUUGAUAUGGCAGGUUCACGACCUCCUACACAACAAUACCCAGGCGCUUUAGGAGCACCAACUCAACAGCAACAGCAUCAGAGUCAACAGACACCGCAAGGUGGUUGGUACCAACAACCACAACAAAGAGGGCAACAACCUGGUUCUGUGCAAGCUUCGUAUUAUGGUCAAGGAACAGGUGCUGCAAGUCAUAUGACUAGGCAGAUGAACCAACUUUCUGUUGGUCAGCAACCAAUGAGUCAGCCUGGCAUGGGCUUGUCUGGAGCAAGUGUUUCUUCAUUGUCUCAAAUGGCUCCUGGUGUCUCAUCAGGUCCACCAGCUGGUCCUCGAUUGCUCCCUCAGCAGCAGAAUGCAGCAGGAGGAAAUCUACAGCCCUCUACAUCACAAGAACCUCUAGUACAUCUGUCUGGUCACUGGCCGUCUGUAGGUGGAGGAGCUGUGCCUUCUGGUACUCAAUCUUCUGGUAUGCAAUCUUCUAUCGGGGUGUCAGCUGGCAUGCCUCAAAUGGUUAGCCAACCUCAAGUGGCUGGACACCCAUCACAGAUUUCUUCAUCUAGACCAGUCGGUCCUCCAUCUGGUAUGUUUCAACAUUAUAGUGGACAACCAGGGUUAGGGAUGACAUCGUCUUCAGGACAGAGCAUGGGACCUCCUUCAGGACCAGGUAUGGGGUCUUCUUUAGGACCAGGUAUUGGACCACCUUCAGGACCAGGAAUGGGACCGCCUUCAGGACCAGGAAUGGGACCGCCUUCGGGACCAGGUUUUGGGCCUUCGGGACCAGGUUUUGGGCCUUCAGGAGGAAUGGGACAUCCUGGGAUGGUAGGAAUGCAUUGUACUAAUCAACCUUCUGGUCUUUCUGGACCUGGUAUGGGAGGUCCUCCAUCACCAACAGGACAGCCUGGAUAUCAACAGUCUCCUCAACCCGCAGGCCCCAGUUUGGAAAACAUGCCAUCAGCAGUGGCUGUUUACAAGGCAGAUCAAGAAAAUCGUGGCAGUAUGCCUUACAUGACCAAUGACAGAGGCAUUGUACCUCCUUUUAUAACUACUAAAUUCCAGGCUAUCGAUAAUGGCAACUGUAAUCCAAGAUACCUGAGGUCUACAUUGUAUUGUGCACCUGCAUCAAAUGAUCUUUUGAAUCAAUGUAAAAUUCCUUUUGCUGUGAUUGCGCAACCAUUUGCAAUAAUUCCAGAAAAUGAAGUUCCAUUGCAACUUGUAGAUCAUGGACCUGGUGGUCCUAUUCGUUCACGUCGUGGGCGUGGGUACAUUAACCCAUUUGUUCAGUUCACGGAUGGUGGUCGUUGCUUUUUGGAUCGGUUGGAUGGUUUCACAAAUGAGGUGCCUCCAGAGUAUUUCUGUCAUUUGGAUCAUCGUGGUAUGAGGGCUGACUUGGACAGGAGGCCUGAGCUACAGUAUGGUUCAGUGGAGUUUGUAGCAACAUCAGAAUAUUGCAAGGAGGGAAAGUUUCCCAAACCACCUGCAUAUCUCUUUGUAGUGGAUGUUGGCUACAAUAGCAUACAGUCUGGAAUGCUUUCGCUGUGGGCAUCGUCUAUUCUAGAACUGCUAGACAAUCUGCCUAAGGAAAGAGGAGCAGAAACAUCAACUAUUCGAGUUGGGUUCAUAACCUAUGGCAAAGCAAUACAAUUCUUUAAACUAAAGGAAACUCAAACUCAACCACAAGUGAUGGUUCUCACUGACAUUGCAGAUGUGUUUAUGCCUCUUCUGGAAGGAUUUGUUGUUGAUUUGGAGGAAGCAAGGCCUGUAAUAGAAAGUCUUAUGCAACAGCUUCCUGAGAUGUAUAAUCAAUCAUCUGGUAGUGAUGGGAUUCUAGGACCAGCAGUCAAGGCAGGGAUGGAAGCUUUGAAGGCUGCUGGUUGCCCUGGAAAGCUAUUUGUUUUCCAUUCCACAUUUCCAUCAUCUGAAAUUCCAGGAAAACUACAAAACAGAGAAGACAGGAAGCUUCUUCUGACAGAGAAAGAAAAGACUCAAUAUGCCCAUCAGACAACGUACUAUCGUAAACUGGCUGAAGAGUGUGUAGAUGCUGGCGUGUCUGUUGACUUGUUUCUUUUUGUCAAUCAAUACAUUGAUGUACCAACAGUUGGCACUUUGUCUAGUACCACUGGAGGGAAAAUAUAUAAAUACAAGAACUUCAGAGCUGCCAUAGAUGGUAACCAGUUUCUGCAGGAUCUGAGCAAACGGUUAAGUGUGCCCAUGGCGUUUGAUGCAAUAAUGAGAGUUCGAUGUAGUCCAGGAAUUAGAGCUGUUGAUUUCUAUGGGAAUUUCUUUAUGAACAACACAACUGAUGUUCAGUUGGCAUGUGUAGAUCCAGAAACAAGUGUGGCAGUGGAUAUUAAACAUGAUGAUAAACUUGAUGACAGAGAAGGUGCUUACAUUCAGGUGGCUUUGCUUUACACGAGUAUGACUGGACAAAGGCGGAUUCGUGUGCACAACCUUGCAUUACAGUGCUCAUCUCAACUGUCAGAUCUCUAUCGUAGUGUUGACAUUCAUGCGCUUAUGACCUUUCUGUCAAAGAAAGCUCUCUUUCUAAUGCUUAGCACUCCUUAUAAGACAAUCAAUGAACGACUCACAGAACAAUGUGCUGUCAUGUUGGCAUGCUAUAGGAAGCAUUGCUCAGCACAGUCAUCAGCUGGACAACUAAUUCUUCCAGAGUGUAUGAAGCUUCUGCCAUUGUAUGCUACUUGUAUUUUGAAAAACGAAUGUCUAAGAGGGGGUGGAGACAUGCCAAUUGAUGACAAGUCGUGGUUGAUGCAGACUGUUCAAGGCUUUGACUUGAUAUCAAUUCUUGCAUAUUUCUACCCUAGAUUGCUGCCCUUGCACACUCUGGUUCCUGGUGAGGAUAGCAUGCCUGAACAGCUUCGUUGUUCAUGUACAUUUAUGCAGUCUGAUGGAGUGUAUUUGCUUGAGAAUGGAAUGAAUCUGUUUAUUUGGGUGGGACAAGCAGUCAAACCCGAGUGGUUGCAGUGUGUCUUCGGUGUUUCAGUAUUUGCACAGCUGGACCCUGAGAAAAUUGUUCAACUGUUGGAGCUGAAUAAUCCUGUAUCCUUACGUGUGAGAGGUGUAGUGGAGCAAAUCAGAGCAGAACGACAAUGUUUCAUGAGGCUGAUUGUUGUGAAGCAGAAAGAUAAGAGUGAAGGAUUUUUCAGGCGUUUCCUUGUAGAGGACAAAGGCAUUGAUGGUAGUCCAUCAUAUGUCGAGUAUCUUUGCCAUCUUCACAGACAAAUUAAGGAGUUGCUUAGUUGACUGCUGGAUGGUUAAUUACACCAUUUUCUCCUGAUA